AUGUCUCUCCACGACUAUUCUCCCCCAGGUCACCUUAACCACGCAAUUCCUCAAAUCAUCUAUCCCCCCAACGACGAAGACGACUUGACACCGAGACUGCCAACAAGACCUCCCCUCUCACACAGCGUAUCCAAUCUUUCCGCCGAGUCCACGGAGUCAUCAUUGAGCACUAAUACCGUCGCUACAACAAUAUCCACUGCCUCGGGUCCAGAAUGCAAGAGCACUCUGCAAGAGGAAAUGUAUCUUGCGCUCUUCGGUAAAGCCUUCCAUCCAAGUAAGUACAUACUCUACACAUAAGUCCUUCCAUCUCAUUCCAAACCACCGACUAGCCACCCUCCCAUAUACCACUUAACAUCCCAUUAUCUCAUAAUCCCAAGAACAAACCAACCUAACACCCCUCAGAACCACCCCACCCAUCCACAACACCACCAACCCCCUGGACCGACACCGAACUCCUGCAAACCACCUCCCAGCAACCAAAACCAAAAUCCAUCCUCAAACCCCCCACAUCGCCAACAAAACCCCCCGCAAAAGUGCGAUUCCUCCUAUCACCAACUCCCACCCCCUCAACCUCAAACCCCAACACCCUACGGCCCCCCACCAUCCACAGCGCCCACAAAACCAAACCCGCAUCUGUCCAUCCAACACCCAAGAAACGGCCCUCUCAAAACACAACCACAAAUAACAACAAAGGAACACCCCACCCACACCUCCUUACAAAAACCCUCCCUCCCCAUGCUUCUCAAAAAGAAGGAAAAGAGACACAUCAACAACACCAAGAAAGAAACCCAAACCCAACCCCAAGCCACCUCCCCAUCAACAUGAAACCCCGAAGCGGACACACCUACGCCCUAGGAAUCGAGGGCUUAAAAGGCCUCCAGAAUAUCAAGGGACCGAAUCAGAAGGGGUUGUACUUCCAUGGCAUGGGAGGUUAG